AUGCGGUUAGAUGUGCCCUUUUUUGUUGUUGAGCACCUGCCCCUUUAGUGGUCUCUGCACGGCCCUGGUGGCCGUAAUAUUUUUUGACUAAAACCUGGAUCUUUAUAUGAAAGAAACGACAUGGAAAUUGAUUUUGAUCAUAUGAUCCCUUAGAUUAGAGGAUUCUGUAUAAUCUUGAAUUUUGAAAAUUUUUCUCUUUUACAGCUUGGAUAAUUGUAAAUGACCAAAAUAAAGGCAACUUAACUGAAUGUGUUAAGUGUGUUUUGUUCAAUAUUAUCUACUAAUUAAAAGCACUGGAAAGCAUUAAACAAUACAGAAUCAAAGUUUAACAGUCCAACUCAGCAACAAGCUGGCCCACAUUUAUGCAGCAGCUCUGAACAUAAUCAGCUUAAGAGAUUAUGAACCCAUACAGAGUACAUAUGAACAAGCAAUGAUAAGAACUGCAGAAAUCAAAUCCAGACACCUACUGCUCUCUGAAUAUGAAGCACUGCUAUUAGGAAGGAGGCUGAAGUUGCCACAGUGUAGGACCAACAGACUGACUGUCAUUUGUUUCAGCCUCAAUCCGACAGGGGUAGUAAAGCCUGGUGGCCCGCCAGGCUUAUAUUCCUCUAGGGAACCCUGCAUACAUCACCUCAGCAUGUUGACUCCCUAAAAGCUGCAACUUUUUUUUUUUUUUUUUCAGUAAAUGUCACAUAAUAGUGAAGAACUCAAAUUCAGCAAGGAGGCUGGCAGGUGAAAAUAAACUAUUUUACUUAAGAAAUAAUAAUAAUAAAAAAACAACUAAUGUCUACCAUGGGUUCCAAAAUAAUAACCCACAAGUAGACCUCAGAAGGAGCCAGAAUUAUGGGAAUAACAAAAUGGUCUGACCAACAGCUAACUACCUUAGCUCUUAAGCUAAGAGGAAUUGAUUACAAAACAAUGAGCAGGUGGCUGAUUAGAAACUGGGUGCAGCUGUGAGGGAAAGCAGGAACCCAAAGUUGAACUGAGGAAACGGGACAAAGGUAGAGCAAAGAGGGAACAUCGUUAAUCUAACACCAAAUUAAAGCAAAACCCAAAAUCAGUUUUUUUUUAUUAUAAUUGCUUUGAUUUUUAUACAACUCUUGUUUUAAAAACAACAUGCAUGCUACACAAAAAGAAAAAAAUUGUCGUUUUGAUGUAUUAAUGUUAGCAAAUUUAUAACAUGUGGAUAAUUAUCGAGUCUCAGUUUAGGGUAACCAGCUCGAUAAAUUACUUGUACAUAGAUGAUGUAAUGUUUUAUGUUUUGAUCUCGGAGGAACAAAAUUGGUGCUUACGUGCUGUGAAGUUAUUGGUGUGCAGGUGAAGAGGAUGUGACUUUAUCUCACAGAAGAACAAAUAUAAAGCUGCGGUUUUACACCUCAGUGCAGUUAAAUGCCAUUCAGACUCAUACACGUAAACACAUUUAGGUCACCAACUCGCAUCAAGUUGUUUCAACAUGAAUUUCUCUCUUGUUACAUCAAUUUAUCUGUCUGCUUAUUAUGGAAUGGAAGAGCUGAGGUCCAUGUAUUUCUGCAUUUUCCUCAUCGUGUACCUCGCCAUCAUCACCGAGAACGUCUUGCUGAUCAGGGUGGUAUAUUGUGAAAAAUCCCUGCAUCAGCCAAUGUGUGUGCUUUUGUGUAACUUGGCCGUGAAUGAGCUGCUAGGAAGCACCGCCUUGCUGCCGGCGACGCUGAUCAACAUUCUCUCUCACACACACCAGAUUUCUGUUUCUUUUUGCCAGACGCAGGUCUUUGUCAUACACACGUACGCCAUCACCGAAUUCACUAUUCUCGCGGUGAUGAGCUACGACAGAUACGUGGCCAUCUGUCAUCCACUGUCCUACCAUGUGAUCAUGUCUCGGAGGAUAGUGAAGCUGAUUGUUUUUAUGUGGCUUUACCCCAUGCUGGCACUGAGUGUGGUUUUCGUUUUUACUCUUCAGCUGCCGUAUUGUGGCCGGACCAUAGAGAAGCUUUACUGCCUCAACUACUUGCUUGUGCAGCUUGCAUGCACAAAUACGUUCAUAGUGAACAUCAUCGGUCUGCUGUCUGCGGCUCUCUACACGGCUCCUCAGCUGAUCAUGAUCUUUUACUCAUACACACACAUCCUGAAGAUUUGCAUAAUGUCGUUCAGGAAAUCCAAAUUCAAGGCCCUCCGUACUUGCAUUCCCCAUCUACUGUCUGUAAUCAACUACGCCACUGGGUGCUUCUUUGAGCUGGCACAAGGUCGUCUUGACAACAGGCACAUGUCUUAUCACACUAAGCUGUUUUUGUCCCUGUACUUUUUGAUAUUCCCACCGCUCCUAAACGCCCUGAUAUACGGCUUGGGCACACAAAUAAUAAGAGUCCGACUCAUCAAGCUUUUCACCAAGUGCAAGUGACGUAGUCAAGAUGUUUUAGAUUUGGUUUCAUUAAAUGCGCAUCCGGCCUGGUGUUCAGAAGUCCUCUAAAGGUGGCUUUAUUUUAGGACUUUAUAGCAGUCUGAAUUCAUGUUAGAUAAUGCUGUUUGUUUCUUUUUGAGUGCUGCUUAUCUUGCCAGUUUUUAAAUGUUUAUCCACAAUUUAGUUUUGCACAAAUGCUUUCAAAAACACAAUAUCCCUUCCACUAGCGGAACAAGUCAACGUCGGACCGGGGGGCAGGGCCAAUGAUCUUUACCCAGGAUGCACAUCGGCUAAACCGUGGGUGAAACACUCACUGGGACUGAUUACUAUAUAUUCCAUUGAGGGAAAAUAGCUUUAACAUUAAAUACACCUUUCUCAACAGACACUUUCUGACAUUGACUUGAAACCAUUCCUCCCUCCCUGGCACCUCCAGACCCAGGCCCCCCCAUAGCUCCGUCUCUGAUAUUUAGUCAAUUUUUUUACAUCCUUUUCAUAAUUAACAAAGAUUUUUA